GAUCUCUGAUCCAUGACUUGUGUUCUAUCUUCUGUGCUUUUUACCAAUAUGACAAUUUUCCUUCCUGUCCCACAAAUGAUUUUGCUUUCCUGUUUCUGAACAUGCACUAAGCUGGUUUCUCUUCUAUAAAACUUGCACUUAUUUCACCACUUUUCAAGCUCUCACAUGCCCACCAUAUUCACUUUGAUCGAUCACAUAACUUUGUUUAAUUUCACAGUUUCAAAUCCCAAGAUCGAUCGAUCGAAGUUCUAAUUAGUUUCUCAUCUUCUCUCUCCAAUCUCUCUCUAUCAUGGCUGAUAUUGAUUACCAUACUAAAAAGCCACUGAUCGAUACAACUCCGACGUCGUCUCUGAAGCUCUUUGGCAUUAACAUUCACAAAGGUUCAGAAUCUGAUGAGGCCUUUAACUCCGGCAACGAUCACCGGAAAUACGAGUGCCAGUAUUGUUGUCGUGAGUUUGCCAAUUCACAAGCACUGGGAGGCCAUCAAAAUGCACACAAGAAAGAAAGACAGCUUCUGAAGCGAGCUCAAAUGCAAGCUGCUCGUACUGCUUUUGCCGCUUCGCAUCAUACUUAUAUUCAUCAUCACAACCCAAUCAUAUUUCCUCCACCUGAUACCCUCACCGGAUCGCCACCUCCGCCUCCGCCACGGCAGUCUCCGUGGCCGCACAGUGUGGCACAAAAUCCACCACCUUCGGUGUAUCAUUCUGGGGAAUUCGGUGUGUGUGUGAAUUCUGGUUUUGCAGCAGGUUUGCAUGAUCCUUCACGAUCAUCAUCUAUGGCGGCAUACGGCGGCUUUAAUGGCGGCGAUGGUGGCGAACGAGGCUUCAGUUUGGAUUUGCAACUUAGUCUCUGAUGAGUAAGGAGCAUAUUAUUGACACUGAGAUGCGCAAGAUGUACGACAAGAUCCAAAACAAGACGACACAAUAAGGCUAUAUCAAGUUUGUAAGUAUCUUGUCGGAGUUAAAAUGAGUGUUGGAUACAGUACUACUGUUUCAUGUUUCGAGCACCAGUGCUUUUAUUAAUUAGAUUUUGAGUUUCAGAUGUGUUUUGGGAAUUGAUGUAAAAAUCUUGGUUCGAAUUAUAAAUCUGAAGCAAAUGAUAUAUAUUCAAGCAUUUUCAACACGCCCAAAUCAGAACUUAAUUAGAAA